GUUCUAUUGCAGCGUAUAUUCGAACUCCCACAAUGCUAACCUCUGACGAAAUAGCCGCCCACGAGGCUAAAGGAAGGGAGGUAUAUGCCGCUAUGGAAGCUGGUGUUAGAGCUGGAGCGCACACCGACCUGCCCACGAUCGAUGAAGGGGACCAUCGGUAUGACCUCUAUGAGGAGCCAGCCGACCCCGACUUUAGUGAGACCCAUAUAAGACUCCUGGAAAGUGGGGGGCUUCCCGUAGAGGGGUACCAUUGCGUCGAGGAGGGCGACGCAAUGUUGUGCUGGCACAAUUUCGCACGCGAGGACACCCUCCGUGAAAAUCGACCUCACUGGAGCGACGUCGGGGCGCUUGAGGAUGACCGAAAGCCCCAGGACAACGAAAUUAUCACCCUCCAAGCCGGCGAGGCAGACUUCUUUUCCCUUCUCGGUACCGACAACGGCAAGGGUAUCGCCCGGAUGCUCGGCGCAUACCCGUGGAUGUUUGGCGGAAAGAUUAUCACCAGCGCCAAGGUUACCUGCACGGACCCCCCCAACAUCUGCUGGAUGUUAGAGGAGCUGUGA